AUGGCGGCUUCCAGAGCGGCGGGGGCCGCGGGCGGGGGGCGGCGGCGGCCGCCGGUGCCGGCGGGGCGGGCGGUGGUGGCCGCCGCGCUGGCGGCGUUCGGCUGGCUGCAGGCGGCGCGCGGCGGCGGGAGCCCCCCCAGCGACCCUCUGCUGCAGCCCUAUUUCCCCUCCCAGCACGGCCCGCGGCACAACCACAGGUAUGUCAGAGACUGUCAGCCUCUCAGGUACGGCAACGUAACACACGAAACUUGGCCCAGCGACAACAGGACGGGCGGCCCAGUGGCUACCACCAGGACGUUCGUUUCUUACAUCCCCCCGGAGGGCAAGGACCGCAAGGUGGUCUAUGGCCACUUCACUUUUGUGAGGAACCCCCUGAGGACCUUCUCUGUGCUAGAGCCGGGCGGUGUGGGAGGCUGCCAGGCUCAACGCAGAGCCCCCGUGGAAGAGACUGCAAAGCUCGGGAAGUGUCUCGUGGCCCAGAACGGCGGGUACUUUGACAUGGGAACCGGAGAGUGUCUUGGGAACGUUGUGAGUGAUGGAAAGCUGGUGAAAAACUCUGGAGGCCUGCAAAAUGCUCAGUUUGGCAUCCGGAAGGAUGGCACCAUGGUGUUCGGUUACCUGUCUGAGGAAGAUGUCUUGGAUCAAGCAAACCCUUUUGUGCAGCUUGUGAGUGGGGUAGUUUGGCUCCUAAGAGAUGGAGAAGUGUACAUCAGUCAGAGUCAAAUGGCUGAGUGUGGUGAAAUUCAAACCACAGGAACCUUUGACAAGUUCAUCAAUGUGAUAUCAGCCAGGACCGCAGUUGGACACGACAGUCAGGGGCAACUGGUCUUGGUUCAUGUGGAUGGACAGACAGAAUCCAGAGGAGUCAACCUCUGGGAAAUGGCUGAAUUUCUGAAGCAUCAGGGAGUUGUCAAUGCUAUCAACCUGGAUGGUGGAGGGUCUGCAACGCUGGUCUUAAAUGGGACCCUUGCAAGCUAUCCGUCUGAGCACUGCUCCUUUGACAACAUGUGGCGUUGCCCUCGGAGCAUCUCGACCAUAAUGUGUAUCCAUGAGCCUGCCUGCGAACCUGCAGACUGCAGCGGUCACGGGAACUGCAUGGAAGGGGAGUGCCACUGCACUGAGGACUUCUGGAGAGGUCCAGCCUGUGACAUCUUGGACUGUGGCCCUUCCAACUGCAGCCUGCACGGCAUCUGCACCGACUCUGGAUGCCGGUGUGAUGCUGGCUGGAUUGGCACCAACUGCAGUGAAGCUUGUGCUAGUGGUUUCUAUGGGAACGCUUGCACCCAGAAAUGCCAGUGCCAGAAUGGUGGCUCAUGUGACCCUGUGUAUGGAGCCUGUUCCUGCCCGGCUGGGUACUAUGGCACCAGCUGUGAGCAAGAGUGUCCCAUGGGCUGGUAUGGGCCAAACUGCCAGAAGCAAUGUGCAUGUGAACACAUGUGUCCCUGCGACCGGGAGACAGGCAGCUGCAAUGUCACCUAUGAAUUGGCAGUACAGGACCAGUUAAACAAAGCUGGGCGGUGUUUGGCUUCCCAGAGUAAGGGAAGGAGCAAAGAAAAAUUCUCUCUGUCAGAAAAAACCUGGAUCUUCAUGACCUCUGUCUUGGCUCUGCUUCUGGUAAUUAGCACCAUGGGAAACGUAGGCCUUUUUCUCAAGGCCAGGUCAGAGAGGCGCCAUGAGAGUGGCAACUAUCUCUACCACCCCCUGAGGGAGAUGAAUGGGGAAGCCAGUCACACCUCCACAUCUGCUGCCUGCGAGACAGAAGAUACUCAGGACCAAAGCCAGGCACUCCUGUAGAGUCCCAGAUGAGAAGAGAUGAGAAGCUGGUGUGCUCCGCUCAGCUGUGUGGGCUGCCACUUAGGGACCACAGCCUGGAGCUCUCCCACCUGGGGAAGGGAAGGGAAGAAAAGAGACAGCAGCAGCCUGGCAUGGUCAGCACAACAGGACCAAGUCGUGGGACUGGGCUCACCCUACCCCAGCCUGAUCAGCCCAGCGGGACAGUCCAUGUGGUGGCCCUUGCUCACUGCUGCUAGAACUGCCCUUCCCUUGUCAGAGGGAACAGCCACCAGCAGCAAGCUGGUGCCUCCAUCAGGAAGAGCUUCAGGCAACCCAGGAUCCUGAACAUCUCGGCUGGAAAUCUGACCUUUUACUAGAACACACCCUUGCAUGACACCUUUAAAAAAAAAAAAGUGAGUUUGCUUCCACGUGAGGGAAAACUAGCCUCUAAUGUGCUACUCUAAUGCUGCAAAGGGGGGGUUUAAAGCCUGUCUGAGCCUGAAUAUUAACAUUUUUAUGCACUCCAGUUUUACCUCUCCAAGGAUAUGUAAUUUUUUGUGCCACUGUUAGCAUCAAAUCAAUCUGUAAAGAGAAGAUUCUAUUUUUCUACUAUUUACAGAAGGCUAUUUGAAACUUGAAUAAAGUCUUUUAGUGAUAACUGCCUGAAACUCAAAUUCUUAAUAUGCAGUUGUAGAAUGAAGAUGUGAUCCUUUUCCAGUUAAUCUUGGCUGGCCAUUUGAACCCAGUGGGCCCUCUUUAUUUUAAAUAACCAAUUACACUACAGGAUGAUAUGUUGUACCAGCCUGCUCUGUGGUACGAAAACAAACAAAAAAUGCUGGUUCUACAGGAAAAAAUUAAAGAAUAUUUUAGUUAAAAAGUAGGAAUAACUGAAUACAAGCAAGCUUUACCUCCAUUUCUGUGGGUAAAGACAGCAGCACAUGUGAUUAAAUUUUCAGUUUACCACAAUUUGAACAGUUGCAUCAAACAAUUAGACAUGUUCUUUAGAGAUUUUUUAUUUCCAACAUACAGAAAUGUACAGCUCUUACCAGAACCUACAAAUACUGUAAAUAAGUACAUUUGUUGUCAAGUAACACAUUACAAAGCACUCUGCAUUUUGCUAGUGUGCUUUUAAAGAAUGUUUGGGGUCUUUUGGCUGAGAAAAAUCAGGACUUCAAUAUGUAAAAAAAUGAAGACAGCUGCAAGAGAGAGAAAGUAAGUGCUUGCUGAAAAAAAUUAAUGCCCAUUUAACUUAUAUACAUAACUAAUAGCUUGGAAGUAGAUGUUGAUGUCAUUAAAAGCUAAUGCAUGUCACAUGAUUCCAAUUUAGCCUUCUAAGAGAGAAAUAAUCAGGUAUAAGAAUCAUCACAAACAUGUUGGAAGAAUAUUAAAGCUAAUAGCAUGCAGGAAUCUUUGACAAAUGCUUGUCAACUUUAGUCCUUAAGAGUCUAAUAGCUCUGUUUCUUGCAUUAUUUGGCUCACAGGAUAAACAUUGCAGGUACGAAAGAAGUGUGAGCUAGUAAAAUGCAUUUUGAAAUAAGGGAUUCCUCUGACUCUAGUACAGCUGGCCUUAGCCACUGCAUCAAUACAUAGCAGCUUCACACCUGAGUUGAGUGGACAGCUGGGCUCACCCCUUCCUACCACCAAUUCUGAGUUGCAGUAAGCAUUACAGAUUUAAGAUGACUGGGUUAUGGCAUUUUCAAAAUUUUUUGAUGAAUAAACCAAAUUGGGAUUAGAAAUUCUUAUUAAAAGUUGGGGUUUUUUUCCUGUUGCUGAAAGGGGAUUGAUAUAACCAAACUGGCCAACCAUAAGACUGAAGCAAAUGAGACAGCAUCAAACUCCGCAGCACACCCAUCUACGCAGCCAAAGUGACUGCAGUCGCUCAGAAUUUCCUCACAUAAUGACAACCAGGAUCACUCGUCCCCCAACAGCAAGUACAGGAAGCUGAGAAACAGCCAAGACAGCUCUCAGUGCCUCCCUGCUGAGAGUGCAUUAGAGUGCCAGUUUCCAGCUUAACCCAUGGCACAUGGAAGUGGUAAAGCAGCCAGCACUGCUGCUUUUUGCACCUUCCUGGACUAGAGCCCCCCCUCAGUCCCUCCACAAAGCUAAGCUCUUCUGUCCACAGCAGUUAAAAAAGCCCUUUUCAAAGCUGAAAGGUGGCAAGAUGUUUAGCCCAAAAGACUCAGGUGCUACAUUCCAGCUUUGCCCCAAGUCUAGUCUGACAUCCACCUUCAGUGUGUGCCCACUGAUGAUGUGCUCUAUGUUUGCCUUUCCCCAUCCUACUGGGACAGAAGCCAGUAAACAGCAGGAUGGGGAAAACCUGUAGAAAUUACUAAGAAUAAAGGUUUCACAUGUGGCCAUAUUUAAUUGUAAACAAUGGCACAACACUUUGUACCUACAGCAUAGCAUCCUUGCUCUUGAGGUCUUGUAUCACACAUUAAACAUGGCAACAGCUCUUUGAGGUAGGUAUUGUGUUUUGCAUAUGGAGUAUUUGAAACAGGGGAAAGCCCCAAUCUACUGAGGAGCUAUUUUUUAAAGUACCCAGCUAGUUACCUGAACACAGCCUGAGCUCGGUGACUUCACUGAGGAGCAGCUCCCAUGAUAUUGCUGGGGAGCAGGGAGGGCCUUGCUGCAUCACUAGCUCAGCACCCAAAACUGGAGUCUGUUUUUCAAGGUUCUGGCUUAAGAGGCUUCUGAGAGAUGAGUGGCUCCCAGGGACCCAGAAUCCAGAACUCCUCCCAGUCUCAACUCAUAAGAGGCUGCUGUGAAGGCAACUGCAUGUUUUAUUUUCUAAAGCAUGCCGAUGUCAUUUAGAGGGGGAAAAGGUGUUUUAGAAGUAUUCUGCUUCUCUUGUAUCUGCAGUUCACAAAGUCAGGUUUAAAAAGCACAGCGCAGCAUCAGCCACAAGAUCCAGGCUGCUGCCCCCUUUCUCCUGCUAUGUUAACAUUCAGGGAAAAAAAGGGGGGAAAAAAAACCCCUAUAUUGCAGCAUUUAAAUUGGUAGCAAAGUAAAUUUGUAGGUGGAAUAACCCAGGCAGUUCUGCUUAAAAUUGACAAGAGAGAGAUCACAAAAUGCUUCCCAAACAGAUGUGUGCAGCAGUGUCUUGUGGAGCAGGAGAGCGGUACUACCAAGGAACGAGAGGAAAAAACUGUGGUUGUGAUAUCCCUGGAGCCAGCUGGAGGGAGUGCUCCAUAGGACCAGCCCUUCAUCUCUUCCUGGCUCAUUCAGAGACCUGCCGGGGUGCCAGGUUCCAGGUGCCUCACUGACAAGAGUUGAACACCCAAAACUUUUACUGGUGGGAGGAGAACAGCACAUGCCACAUUUGAAAAAAAAAAAAAAAAUCCAGUGCAAUGGAAGAGAUUCUUAACCAGAGCAAACCAAGGGAAACACAGGAAACAUGAAUGUUACCACCACGGGACAUGACCAACCCUGUAAGAAUCAAGCCACAAGAAGCUGAAAUCCUCAAAGAGCACAGGGAGGAUGAGGCUGGGUCUUCUCCUGAUGCUUUAGGAGUCAAUUUGAAACUCUAUUUCUAGCAUGAUGGAGGUUUAGGCAUCACAAGACUCUCAGAUUUGAUCCCCAGUAUACAAGCUCAAAGACUGCAUAGGAUUGCGCAGUCCUCAGAUGAAGUAAUAAGAUCAAUAGUAAAACAAGAGGGGACUGAAAAAGAAUUUGAAAAACUAUGGGUAACAGCUGGAGGUGACAAGAAUAAAAUACCAUCUAUUGGGGACCCAAGUGCUAUUAGGGUAACAUCUAAGGAAGCAGGCGAAGAGGAACCAGCUUCAGAAUGGGAGCUAUCAGCCCCCCAAAUUAUUUUUCCUAAACCAUGUGACUGGCAAAACCAGAAAUUUAUAAAUUGGACCAAGUUGCAGUCCCAGGGCUGAGGUAUUACCAACUUUGAGAAAGAUAAAAUUAGUAACAAUUGGAUUGAACAAUAUAGGGGUAUCCCUCACAGAAAACUCCUCACUGCACUGCAAUUAAGAGCUAAUGUGUAUGCCACCAGGGAAUUCCUGGCAAGGGGGAGACAGGAAUCGCAAAUAAAAUCCUGUUGACACUGUAAAUUGGAAAAUGAGACGUGUGCUUAUAUCAUUGGGUAUUGCCCCACACUACAAGAUGCUAGCAUCAAAAGACAUAAUCAGUUAUGUGAAAUAUCGAUAACUGAAGCCAAAAAGAAGGACUGGAUUGCGUUCCAGGAGCCUAUAUUAAAAGAUGAACAAAAUGAAAUAUAUAAGCCUGAUCUGGUAUUCAUAAAGGGAGAUCAGGCGAUAGCUAUUGAUGUGACAAUUCGAUAUGAAAGUAAAUUGACAUCAUUGUCACACACGGUAGCAGAAAAGGUAAAGAAAUAUUGCCAUCUUAAAGACCAAAUUCAAGAACUAACGAAUGCCAAAAAUACUAAAUUUAAGGAAUUCCCUGUGGGUGUGCGAGGAAAAUGGUAUUCUGGCAAUUACAAAGUGUUAAAAGCAUUGGGAAUCUCAAGUUCCCGGCAAGAAAAGAUUGCAUGUUCUAUAUCAAAGAAAGCAUUAUUUACGUCUGUUGAUAUUAUAUAUAUUUUUGCAAGUCGAUCGAGAACUGCUGUUAAGAACUUAAGUAUUUGAUUGUUAUCGUUCCGCUGUAUUGCUGUUUUGCUGUAUUGCCAUUUAUUUCUUUAAUAAAGUUACCCCUACCCUGCCUGCUACAUCA